GAGCCAGGUCCACCCGCGGACACCUCCACUCCACCGCCUCUGCACCGCUCCUCAGGGAAUCAGCCGCUAAUCUGUUCCCACAACAGACACAAGGAGGGAGAACAGGAGAUGAGGAGGAGGGAAGAUUAACUAACCACUGCUAUUUACCUCUCUAAUCCUCUGCAUUUUGGGAUCUUGUGUAACUGAUAGGAGUCUACGGCAACGUCAGAGCCAAGAUGGGGCGGAAGGAGAUCAUCUGCAGUUGGAAGAAAAGCACCAGUAACAUCAAGGAUGUGUUUGACUUCAAUGGGAAAAUGGGAUCGGGGUCUUUUUCAGAGGUCUUUAUGGUGAGAGAGAAGUCUACAGGAAAACUGUAUGCCCUGAAAUGUCUGAAGAAAAAACACCUUGCUCAUAGCAACCUGGAAAAUGAAAUCAAUGUGCUGAGAAGGAUAAAGCACGAGAAUGUGGUGGGACUGGAGGAUUUCUAUGAGAGUCGAACACACUAUUACCUGGUCAUGCAACUGGUGUCAGGUGGGGAGCUGUUUGAUCGCAUUUUAGACAAGGGGGUUUACACCGAGAAGGAUGCCAGCACAGUGAUCAAACAGGUGCUGCAGGCCGUCAGCUACCUGCACGAAAACAGCAUCGUACACAGGGACCUUAAGCCUGAGAACCUGCUUUACUACAGCACAGAUGAGAAUGCUAAGAUCAUGGUCAGUGACUUUGGUCUGUCUAAGACGUUGGAACACGGUGUCAUGUCCACAGCCUGUGGUACACCAGGAUAUGUUGCCCCUGAGGUUCUGGCCCAGAAACCCUACAACAAAGCAGUGGACUGCUGGUCCAUUGGAGUCAUCACUUACAUCCUGCUCUGCGGCUACCCUCCGUUCUUUGAAGACAACGAGACUCGUCUGUUUUCAAAGAUCAUGAGAGCUGAGUACUCUUUUCAUUCACCCUUCUGGGACGACAUCUCUGAGUCAGCCAAAGACUUCAUCAGGAAUAUGAUGGAGAAAAACCCCACAAAACGCUUCCUUACAGAACAGGCACUCAGACACCCCUGGAUUGCUGGAAACACAGCUAAAGGCCUCGACAUUUAUCAGUCAGUCAGUGAACAGAUGGAGAGAAACUUUGCCAAAUCCAAAUGGAAGCAAGCCUUCAACGCAGCCACAGUAAUCCACCACAUGAAGAAACUGCAGUUGUCCCAGAGGGAGCCCACCCCCUCUCCCCUUUCUAUGCCCCAUAUUUUAGUAAAUUCCUCCUCCCAGAAUGACCUGGAGACCCUGGAACCCAGCCACGAUAAGGCUAAUGUCCUCGACCCAAACGGGAAUCACAUCCAUGCUGCCAGUCAUCUUUCCUGCAGUAAUAAAGGUGUUUUUCCACCAAUGAGAGCCAGUCACAGUGAGCCUGGCAAUGCCCUCGCCGUCAAUGAGACAGGAGAAGUCAAUAACUUCCAUUCAGAGAUCGAUGCUCCUUUCAGGCCAUCCAAGAGUAUGGAUGCUGUGGCUCAGAGGAAGGAGCAGCCACUUCAGUCCGGUGUGUGUUCUGUCAUGUGAAUGGCUGGCUAACCCAAGAUAAAUAUCAUGCAGUUGAUGGCACUCAGUGGCAUCCAUCUUGGUAUGAAGGCACUGAUACGUCUACUGCUCAGCUUUUUCAUGCCUGGUGUGGUUCUCUGCUGCGGAAAACGCGUUCCAUCGACAGUCAUACAGUGACUACACUGUGAAAGAAACUAGUAAACAUGGAAUGACUGUCUAUAUGCAGCGAACGCCACAUUAAACAGACAGAAACAGGAAUUCCUAAUUUAGAAUUCAUACAAAACUCUGUAACGUUGAUGACAUGCAUUUCCUCAAAACUAUUAUUAUCUAUUGUAUAUUACUGUCAGAAUGUUAUUAAAUAUCAUCAAUUGAAAAUGUAUUUAUUUUGAAUAGUUUAGCUGACACUUGCAAUGUGAAAGCUGAGUUUUUUUAGACUGAACUGGCUGUACUUGGCUUAUACGUUUUUAUAAAACUGAGCUAUUUCAGGCUCUGAUACUUCAGGGUCAAGUCAUUUGUUUGCUCUGCAUAUCAAGAUACUUGAUUUACAUUAACAGUUGGUCACUUGAAAAAUCCGGGAAUUUACCUGUGUUUGUGUUUGUUUGGACAGUUUUCAACCUUGCAGGCAGAUUUUUGGACAUUAUUAUAUAUUUAUAUUUAUGAUGGAUUGCAUUGAGGGAUUAUAAAUCUGACUUCCACCUCACACAAGGGUGAUGGAGAAAAUUGUAUUUAUGAGAUUAAACUUUAUGCUGAGGUGGAGUCAUGGUCACACGGGAGCCCAGUGUUUGCUGUGUUUUCUUUGACAUGUACAUAAGCUGCUCUCUUGUUAAACAACUGAACUCAUUAAGUGCCACAAGCUGAUAUAAAGAUGCUGUCAACACUACUGAUGUCAUUUCUGAAUUCACAAAUGUAGUGACAAAAAUGUUUUUUCUUUUUGUAUCAUUUUCUCAAUAAAUAUGUAGUAACUAGA